CGUCAAGUCUCAGCUCUGAGUCUCAGCCAGAAAGCACAACAACUGGUCCACAUGACAAAGCAAUCCCGUGUAGGCUGGAGCCUCUCAAAAGGUUGGCCUCAUCCAACAAACAUCCAGACUUACAAACGCCCUCGAUCGUAAUGACGCGCCGGAAACGACAUGGCUUCCAACAACGUCUUCUCCCGCCUGCUCCCCGGCCAGUCACACUCCGCAUCCGUGUACGAGACAAUGAGACGUCAGGAAGAAGAGGACCGGCUCUCAGAUGUUGAAGAUGGCGAUUUGGCCAUUGAUGAGGAAAAUCUAGGAGAACGGUUCCAAGCACAGGACUUGGAGGCCCUCCUUCAUGAAGACACAAAGGAUACAACCUCCGCCGAAAGCUCUCCAGAGUUACGGCAUCAUGAUUCCCCUGCACCGAGAAGAUCUUCGACCCGCGGUGCUGAUAAUAAACCACCGCUAGACAACGUAGGAUUCGGUCGCCGACCGAACAGGGCCGUCUCUCGGGAUGAUGAUGAUGACGAAGUUCCGGAGUCUCUGCUCUUGGAAGGCUUCAACGAGCACGAGACCGGUACCCGGGGCCGUCGACGUGGUCAACGAGAACAGUUUGCCGAUCAAACCCUUCCUCCUCCUGUAACCGCUCCUACGAAUCCGACGACGAAGUCACAAUGGAGGGCAACACAGGCGCAGCAACGGCUUCACCAUCCACCGUCGCAUGCUGCUCAACCUCCACAAAGGACACAAGGCAUGAUGAUAACCGACCCGCGAGAGAAAGCUAUGUGGAAAUGGAGUCAGGUGGUGAAUUUGGAUCAAUUCCUCGAGCGUGUAUAUGAUUACUUCUGCUCCCACGGCAUGUACUCGAUCAUAUUGAGACAACUCCUAAACCUAGCUACCGGGGCGUUUGCAUUUGGGUUCUCAACCUACUUAUUCAUGUGCAUCGACUACUCCAAGCUUGCCGGAAGCCGUUCCCUCGAUGAUGUCUACGUUAAGCACUGCGUACGGAGGAUGCCAUUCCUAGCACACCUGACCAUGUGGCUCUUCACUGCAGUCUGGGUGUACAAGCUGAUACAGCUCAUCAUCGGGAUCCCUAGCUUGUUGGAAAUGCAUAAUUUCUACCAUUACCUGCUAGAUAUCCCCGACCGAGAUAUUCAGACCGUAUCCUGGCAACUAGUGGUUGAGAGGCUUAUGCGACUGAGAGACGCGAAUCCCACCACGGCCGACAACUUGACCCCUCACAAUAGAAGAUAUAUCCUGCGGACUCAGUCAAAGCAGCGCAUGGAUGCUCACGAUAUCGCCAACCGACUCAUGCGGCGGGAGAAUUAUAUGAUAGCCUUGUUCAACAAAGACAUUCUGGAUCUCGCCGUUGACAUUCCAUUCAUGGGCAAAUACCACAUUUUCACCCGCACGAUCCAAUGGAACAUUUCUCUUGCCAUUCUAGACUUUGCAUUCGACCCCCGAGGCCAAAUACAGCCCAUGUUUCUCAGCGACCGGUCUCGACGUGAUCUCAUCAAAGCCUUGAACACACGAUUUCUGGUCUUUGGCGUGUUGAGCAUCGUGUCGGCCCCAUUCUUGGUGUUUUAUAACCUGGUUAUAUUCUUUUUUCGAAAUUUCACGGAAUAUCAACGAAACCCCGCGGAGCUCGGAUCACGCAUAUUUAGCCCCAUUGCAGAGUGGAAAUUCCGAGAAUUCAAUGAGCUCGGGCACUUGUUUGAGCGUCGCAAGAACUUGGCGUACCCAUACGCAGUCCAGUAUCUCAAUCAAUUCCCGAAGGAUCGCAUGGCGCAGCUGUCGCGCUUCAUCACCUUCGUGUCUGGUGCGCUCUUUGCCGUACUCUUCCUGGCCACGCUCUUCGACUCCGAGCUUUUCCUCGGCUUCGAGCUCACAACCGGUCGCACCGCGUUGUUUUAUAUGGGCAUUCUUGGUACCAUUUGGGGAACAGCUAGAAGUGGCAUUCCGGAUGAGGAUAUUGUGCUGGAUCCGGAGUAUGCUCUUACGCAUGUGAUAUAUCACACUCGCUACUACCCUCCGUCAUGGCAUGACAAGCUACACAGCGACGAAGUCCGCAAAGACUUUUCCACGCUAUACAAACUCCGAAUCAUCUUAUUCCUGGAGGAAGCGAUGAGCAUUAUUUUCGCUCCCUACGCCAUGUUAUACAGCCUCCCCAAAUCCAGCGAACGCAUCGUGGAUUUCUUUCGCGAGUCCACCAUCCAUGUUGAUGGUCUGGGGCAUGUGUGCUCGUUUGCCAUCUUCGACUUCAAGAAGGGAUCCUAUCAAAUGGGCAAGGGCAAGGACAACCCGACAGAUAUCGAUCCCAUCGAAUUCCGUGACAAUUAUUUGGCGACGAAGGAUAACAAGGUGAUGGCAUCGUACUAUGGGUUCAUGGACAAUUACGGUGCCAAUCAGAAUCGAGGACACCCAGUGCGAACCUCCCGAAGGCAUUUCGUCCCCCCCCCAGUCUUCCCAGGAAUGGCAUCAUCCAUCAUGGGAGGGGAUGGAAUUCGGCACCGGCAGUCUCACCACCGCACCCCUCGACUCGGUCCGACCGCUUCCCACUCGGGUCACCCGGGCUCUCCUCUCAAUUCGCUUCUUCUGGAUCCCCACCAUCAGCCACAUCUUCGACACUCUCCCCGACAGAGCUCCACCCCGACCCGGCAUCGUCUGGCCAACCAGGUGCCAUUGGAACGUCCGGAUGAGAACGAGGAACAGGGAUUAGAAGAACGAUUGGCCGAGCAUGAUAUGCAGAGAACCGCAAGUAAUGAUGUCGACCUUGGAGCCGAUCUCGAUUCAUGGCAAAAGGAUGCUGACAGUACAGAUGACGAGACUCCUAGUGGCGUUAAUCAAGCUGGCGAUGGCAACACGGGUGUAUUAGGGUUAUUGUACCAGUUCCAGAAGGCUCAAACGGAUGGUCGAGGCGGGAACCUGUGAUUAAGACAACAUUUGCAGCAUUUUUUUGGCGUUUAAGUUCGAACCCCUGCCUGUUGGCCAACCACCUACUUGGCCAGUAUCACCAUCUUCACCACCAUCACCAAACGCGUAAUAUCUCAACCACCAUAUCGUAUUACGAUGUCAAAUUCAGAGGAGG